GCGAAAUCGAUCAUCGUACCACAUCAAUAAGUAACAAUAAAGUUUCUAAACAAAAAUAACUGAAGACGGUGUUGAACCGCGCCCUGUUCCUUUUGCAAGUGUCUUAAUAAAUUAUUCAACAUAGGCCUAUCCGAUACUGCGUUGAUGGACAUGGUUGUCUCGAAUCUCCAACAGCAACGUCUUAUGACGGAGCAGCUUAGAAGGGAAGCUGCGAUAAAGAGGAUGCCAGUUUCACUUGCUGUGAAAGACAUCAUCAAGUACAUCUCUGAACAUGAACAGGAUGACUGUUUACUUGUUGGAUUUUCAAGUCAACGGGUGAAUCCAUUCAGAGAAAAGACGCCUUGCACAUUAUUGUAAUUAUCUGUUCUUUCUAAUUAACGUUAUAUGAAUUGCUAUUUUAGACAUGGAUAUUAAUUUAUAAAAUCAUUUUAUUCUAUAUUAUUUUCUUCAUGGUUAUCAAUAAAUGUAAUAGUGGAGUUUUAUGUAUAUCGAAUUAUGAAAAGUCUGUGAAGCCUAUCAUAGAAAACAUCCUCUUUCAUAAUUCAAGGAAUAUUGCUUUUGAAAUUGGGCAGGCACCCAAUGUUAUAAUCAAGUUGUAAUUUUGCUUGAGUGUAUAUUCCAUCGAAAAAACCAAGUGUUUGUUAUAAUUGGGGUUUGAAGUCUCAUUAGGUAUUUCAUGAAAAUAACUGAUUGGGAGUUUUCACAAACUUGCUUCAUUGUUACUUUUCAAAAAAAAAAUCAUCAGAAAUGAUACAAAUUUCCUUUGAACAUUACUGUAUACAAUAUACUUCUUUUCGAAUAUUUUGCUGGUGAAUUUGUGAAACAUCUCCGCGAUAUUCCGAUCCUUGAAAUAUCAUAUAUUUUAUGCAAUGUAAAUCUAGUUUUUUAGAGCUUCAAUAAACUAUGAUCAAAA